GGGAGGCUGAGUGACGUCACUGGGAAGCCGCUUGGAUUUUGCACAGGGAUCAGCCGCUUGGAUCACUCACUCCUCACGAGCACAUCCAGGAAGUUGUCCCGACGUCGAACCCCUCUUUGUUUUCUCUGACUUUUUACAGCAACGAGUUAUCAUUUCACUUUUGGCCACUUUCCACCUGAUAUUUAACACCAAAGCUCCGCAGCGACGCCAUGGCUUUUGUCCCGGGUCAGCCGCUCACCGCUGUUGUGCAACGAAUUGAGAUCCAGAAGUUGCAGGAGAGAAAUAAUUUGAUCCUGGGCUUCAGCAUCGGUGGAGGGAUCGACCAGGACCCCGGGCAGAACCCCUUCUCUGAGAGCAAGAGUGACAAAGGCAUCUAUGUGACCAGGAUAACACCAGGAGGACCAGCUGACGUGUCAGGCUUGAUGAUGGGAGACAAAAUAAUGCAGGUGAACGGCUACGAUAUGACCAUGGUGACACACGACUAUGCUCGUAAAAAGCUAACAAAGAAGUCUGAGGUUGUGGUUCGGCUCCUUGUGACCAGGAAGUCGUUGGAGCAAGCCGUCAAGCAGUCGAUGGGGCCCAAACUAACCCCACAAUUUGACAACAGUGUGACACGACACUACUAACUCAGCUGCCACGGAAUGAACACACUCAUGUACUGCAAUCACACACACUCAGAUGAUGGUUGCACUGUGGCCUUUAUAACCAGAUUAUUGCAAAAAACAACAACACAUCAGUCAGUUUAAUGUUCGGCUGAAACAUCCUGAUGCUGCACAAGUCAGUUCUUACUUAUCCUGGUCAGUCAUCAAACAAUGAGAGGGCGCUGUCCCUUCCCACCAACACUAAACUCACCUCAAAGUUCCAGUGCUAUUUCCACUACAAGUAUAGAUUUAAUGAAAACAAAAUCUAUUUGGAUGUCAAUCUUGUUAAGAUUACAUCAUCAAAUGCCAAACACUGUGAAGCAAUCAAACCUUGUGAAAAGUGUUAAUUUUCUCUUUUUUAUUAUGAUACAGUAAGCUGUCCAAAAUAUAUCAAAUAUUAAGGUUUUCCACUAAUAAUCUCUUAACUGGGGCUUAGUUCCGUUCUAUUUAUCUUGUUUAUGUGUGAUAUCCUCGUAGUUAAUUCCAUGUCCACCGUGAACAUUCUGCUGAAUCUACAUUUGGACGACACGCCUGACACAUCAUUAUCAAUAUGUCACUCUUCAUCAUCCUCAUCAGGUUGAGCAGGAGAAAGUCCAUGUUUUGACUCAAGCUGAGUUUCUCACUGGAACCAGCAACGUGUAAACACUUUAAUGGUGUAUUGAACUUGUUUAUUUGUCAGAGACCAAAAGUUAAAAGUGUAACUCUGAACCCUACAAGAGUGAAAGUUCUUCGUGUGCACACCAGCUUUUACCUCUUGUCUUAUGAUGCUUUGUUUGAUUCCAUUUAACGAUUCCUCAGUGGUUUCUAUGAUGCAGUGAAGAUCUGUGGCCUCUGAUACACGACAUACUAACCCUGUAGAUGAUUGAUUUAAUACUAAUCAUUUACAAUAUUUUGGGUUUUUAAUAAAGGUUGUUUUUUUACUUGUUAUGCUGGGAGAUCUCAUCGGCUCUUGUUGGGCUGGUGAUAGAAAAAUCAAUUUCUAUGUGUUUAAUAGAACAAUUUAAACUGUUUAUCAGCAACUUCCGUCUUGAUGAUUAGAUAAAGUUUCUGAAAUGCUCGUAUAAUAAUAAUAAUCGUGUCUAUCUAAGAUUCUAAUCUUUCAGUCAAUGAGCGACUUAUUGUCUUGUCAGACUGUAAUUUCAAGGACUGAGGCCUAACAAGGCAAACAGAGUUUUUUGCAUCAAAAAUGUAAAACCUGGACUCAUAGGGGUUUUUGUUUUAUAUAUUCCAUUCAUCAUUUUGGUUGCUUGGGGGGGGGGGGGGGGUUCCAGCCCCAGGUUACAGACUGUCACUCCAGGAACGUCCCUUCAAACAACAAAUUACUAACAGUAUUUUCUAUUUGAAUAAUUUUGUAUGGAAACUGCCAGCAGAGCACAAAUGUCCGGCAAUUGAAUGUGUACAGUUUUGAAUCUUUCUCAUAUAUAAAAUCACUGAGAACAAAA